UCUGAAAGUGAAAAAAAAGAUACGGAAAACCGUCGAGGAGCGCCAGGCCAUAAGAAGCCCCGAGCGAGGGAUGGGCUGGACACCGCUGCCGUCUCCCUUUUCCCAUUUCCCCCCACGUACCUCGCCCAUUGGAUCAUCGCUCAUGGUUCUCCGACCUUACGAUCGCGCGCCGACCUGGCGCCAAAAGGGCAUGAAGUACAAGCCGGGCACGCAAAAGUACCAGGACUACCUCGACACCAUCGAUGCGAAGAGAUUCAACAGUUUCAAGGUGCCCGCCCUGGCCUGCUAUGUCAUCUGGUGCUGCUUCGCCCUCGUCGUUCUCCUGGCGGCCCUGCGCCGUCUGCUGCCAAAGAGCAAGAGAGUCGCGCUCCUCGACCGGUACCUGACCCAGGCUCCACUCGUCUCUCGCAGACACCAGCAGCCGUAUCGCUUCCUUGGUCUCAACUGGCACGCGCCCCUCCGAGGCCACGCCAUCGUCCUCUUCGGCCUGUUCCUGGCCAAUCUCGUGCCCAUGGUUGCCGACUACCGCAUCUUGGACCCGGCGCGCAACGUCAACUGGCCCGACAAUGGCCCAGCCCAGGUAGCGCGCUACGUCGCCGAUCGCGCUGCGACAAUGGCUACGCUGCAGGUCCCGCUCCUGGUCAUGCUCUCCGCGCGCAGUGGACCCGUGGCGCUCCUCACGGGCGCACGCUUCCACACCCUCAUGAUCUACCACAAGUACUUUGCCGUCCUCUUUGGCGUGCUCGUCGUCGUCCACGGCGUGAGCAUGCUUACAUUCGCCUCGCUGUACGGCGAAGGCCAGCUGAAGAAGUACGGUGCAUCAGUCUACGCACGCAUGGGCAUGGCUUCGGCCGUCCUCGUCCUGCUGCAGGUCACGUUCAGUACCCGGCCUCUGCGCGCGAGGGCUUAUGAGACUUUUGUUGCCCUCCACGUCCUCGUCGCCGUCGCCGUCCUCGUCGGUGUCUGGUACCACAUCACGCUUCUCAAGAGCGCCACUCUGGGCGACUUUUCCAACGGCAUCCUCGUCGCUUGCGCCUUCUGGGGCUUUGACGUGCUUGCGCGCCUCGUCCGCCUGGCCUACUUCAACACACUGUUUGCCCUCAGACGGGGCCAGGUCGAGACGGUGCUCAGCGGCACCGACGACGCCGAGCAGGUGCUCAAAGUCACCGUCCAGGUCAACGCCAAGAGGUCGCGCGGCUUCCUCAGGCCAGGGAGACACAUCUAUCUCCACGUCCCCGGCGUACAGCCCCUGGCGGCACACCCUUUCUCCGUUGCCGAAUGGACACAGGGAGCAAAGGACGGCAGCACGACAUUGACGCUCUUUGCUCGCGUCCGAAAGGGCCUUACAAAGCGCUUGGCAGCGCAUGCAUCGUCGCCGCAGCGCAGGGACCCCGUGAUGCUCGUUGAAGGCUUCUACGGCAUCGAUGACGACGAGAUUUCGUCGAUCGACUCCCUUCUCCUUGCCGCAGGAGGCAUCGGCAUCACACACUGCCUCUCGUACCUUGUCGACCGCCUUCGCCAGGGCAAGCGGGUGCACCUCGUCUGGACAAUGCGCGAUCCCUCACUCGCCGCCAUCGCCCUUGAUAUCCUCAAGCACGCCGCUUCCCAGGCCGAUGCUUCAUCCAAGGCCCUCUGCAGCCUCUCGCUGCACAUCACUGGCCACCAUGGUGGUCUCUCCAAGCGAGACUCGUCUUCGUCCACGACGCACCAGCAGGACAUUGAUGAGAAGGCGCUCUCCAUCGACGACGAAAAGAUGAUGCCCGGCAUUCGGUCUCGCUACGAAGCCCUGGGACUCGCGUCUGUUGCCUGGUACGACGCACGGCCAGACGUAGCCGAGGUCAUGGACGGCGCCGUGAGCUUUGGCGCCGUCGUCUCGUGCGGCGGCCCGGCGUUCUGCGACGACGUGAGAGCGGAAGCCAACAAGAGGGGUGCUGCCCUGUACGAGGAGCCGUUUGGUUGGUAGAGGGCUCCCUUUCUUGUCUUCUCAGGUGAUGUCAUGCCGUCCACCUUUCAUACUGUCUAGGGUAGAUGCACACAUAGCAACUGGCGCUCAU